UCCGUGUAUUUACAAGCACGGAUGUGAAUCCGGGGAGCAAAAUGACCUCCGUUAGAGCGAUAAAGAAAUAGAUUUUUGUUUAUAUAUUUUAAGUGCCGCAGAUUAAGGACGAAUCCACGUGGUAUUAACCGGUGAGCGCUUUUAAAACCAUCAUGGCGGGUUUAUUUUCGUGUUGUUUUGAUUGCUGUGAUGGCGGAAGCUCUGGACACGUCGCACUGAAAGAAAUGCCAACGGUUCAGCUGGACACCAGUCACAUGGGCACUGAUGUUGUUAUUGUAAAAAGUGGGAGAAGAAUAUGUGGUACAGGGGCCUGUCUCGCAAACGCCCCUCUUCAUCAAAACAAGAGCUACUUUGAGUUUAAGAUUCAGUCCACAGGUGUUUGGGGUGUAGGGGUGGCUACACAGAAAGUUAACCUUAACCAGGUCCCAAUGGGCAGAGACGCACACAGCCUGGUGCUUCGGCAAGACGGAACCGUGUAUCAUAAUAACGAGGAGAAGAAUCGGUUACCGGCUAACAGCUUACCGCAGGAAGGAGAUGUAGUGGGCGUUUCGUAUGACCAUGUGGAGAUGAAUUUAUACCUGAACGGGAAGAACAUGAACUGUCCAGCAUUAGGCAUUCGAGGAACUGUUUUCCCAGUAGUAUAUGUGGACGACAGUGCAAUUUUGGAUUGUCAGUUUAGUGACUUCUACCAUCCUCCUCCUCAAGGCUACCAAAAAAUUCUUUUUGAGCAGCAGAUCUUCUGAUCCUCAGGCGACUCUGAGCACGUAAGCUUUCCAGACAGCAAUCAUCGUGUCUACUCCCACUACUACGUCUCUGGGGAAGUCCAGCGGUGAAAACGACGUGCUCCUACGAUUAUGCAGAUGAUUCUUUACUCUAGCAGUUUCAAAAGUGCAAUUGAACAGUGUUAUAUCUUCAGUAAUUUCUUUGGUGAUGUAAAAUCUAUCCAUGUUGGCGGUCAGAACACUCCAACUUUGCCCUAAUUUAUGUAUUUAAUCGUUAUUAGGACUCCAAUUACGUAUCUGCACAAAAUCUUCCAAAUUCUUCAUACUUUUUGCAUUACAAAUAAUGAACACUAAGCUAAUCUGGUUUUAGUAUAAUUUUGUCAACUGACAUGAGACAUUAAAACUAACUGGAAGUCAAAUGUGAAUUGUAUUUGCAAUGUUAGGAAAGUUUCCAAAUGUGGAAUCAUACGUUGUGCCUAUUUAUGGAUUAUUGAAUAUUUUUGAACACAAAUAUUUGUACUGUGUUAGUACAAAACAAGCCAUGACUUACUUCUUCUUGAAUAGUACAUGUGUGAGAGUCAUAUAAUGUCAUAAGAUGGUAGUAUCGGUUUGCCUAUAUAUUAUAUUGUCUACUAUAUUUGGUUUUAAGUUAUUUUAAAGUCUAUAUUGUGUGCACUGAUUAGUCAGAUGAUGUUUGUGAUUGUUUGUUGGGACAGUAAUAAAAAUAUUAAUGUUU